UGUUUUACUCUCAAACAAUGGCUGAUUUCGAAGACCUCCCACCACCAUGUGUGAAGGACCAUCAUGAGAAGAGAAGAAGCAGAAAAAAGAGGAUGAUAAGAACGAAGGAACUUGAAGAAUUGAUUAGUGCAGCCACAAAAGCCGCUCAUGUUGCAAGAGACAAAGGGUUUUACAUCGCCUCUCCCGAAGCCAUACAGUGCGUUGAGAUCCUUAGACAUCUGCGAAGCAUACCUCUAAACGCUCGUCUUAUCACCAAGUCCAACGGCUUUCGCACUAUUCUCUUCCUCUGUAAGAAUGGUAACCCUAAAAUCCGCCCGAGUCUCAUUCCGUCAUCGAUCACUGGAAGGGCAUUCUCCAAAACAAAGUUCAAUGAUGGAAGAGAUUUUCACUACGAAGACUUGUUCAUCAUCAAUUGA